CCGGAAGAGGAAGUACCUGUGUGUUGCUGUUGCUGACGUUGCUGCUGUCCACAGCGACGAUGGCGUCCACAGAUCAGUCCCUCCUGGACCUAACGGAUAAAGAAAUCCGGGAGAAACUGUCGUUAUGGGAUCGCCGCACCGAUGCUAUGGCUCCUCUCACGGAGAAACAGAUGGACUCUGUCCUAGACAUCCGAGCCGCAGCCGAAACACUCUCUGUCCCCUCAGAGCUUCCCAUUGAGGACUUGUGCAGCCUUUCGUCACGGUCCUUGCAGUCCCCGUUCACAGCGACUGUGCCCGCCUCAACAGAGGACGUCCUGCUCAAGGGUUUUCAGAUGCUUGAUAUGGAGAAUGACAGGAUAGAAACUGCACAGCAGUUUUUUGCCUGGUUUGCCAAGUUACAGGCAAACAUGGACCAGGAUGAGAACGCAAAAUACAGGAAAACCAGAGAUGAUCUAAACUGCUAUCAGGAACAAUGUGAUGCUAUUCUGAAAGAUGUCAGUGCAGCACUGGAGCACUUGGACUCCCUUCAGAAACAGUAUCUGUUUGUGUCAAAUAAGACGGGUACCCUGCAUGAGGCCUGUGAACAACUCCUCAAAGAACAGUCAGAGCUUGUUGACCUGGCAGAGAGCAUACAGCAGAAACUGUCAUAUUUUAAUGAGUUAGAAAACAUCAACACGAAACUGAACUCACCGACUUUGUCUGUAAAUAGUGAAGGCUUUAUACCAAUGCUGUCGAAACUGGAUGACUGCAUUGAAUACGUCUCUGCACAUCCAAAUUUCAAGGACUAUCCAGUUUAUUUGGCCAAGUUUAAACAAUGUCUUUCUAAAGCUAUGCACUUCAUGAAGAUCCACAUUGUAAACACUAUGCAGAAUCUUACAAGCCAGUUAACAAAAAGGGAUCCAAUGGGCUUGACCAAUGCAGACAAUGCCUUUACGCUUUAUUACGUUAAGUUUAGAGCAGCUGCACCUAAAGUUAGAUCACUGAUUGAACAGAUAGAGCAGCGAGCAGAGAAGAUUCCAGAAUACCAUCAGCUCCUAGAUGAAAUCCACCAGUGCUACCUUGACCAGAGAGAGCAGCUCCUCAGUCCCAGCAUCACAUCCACCAUUACUGACCUGACCAACCAAAACAGCAAAGACCACUGUGCUCUGGUUCGCAGUGGCUGUGCCUUUAUGGUUCAUGUUUGCCAGGAUGAACACCAGCUGUACAAUGAGUUCUUCUCUAAACCUACGCCUAAACUAGAUGAGCUGCUAGAGAAGUUAUGUUUGUCCCUGUAUGAUGUCCUCCGGCCUCUAAUCAUCCACAUCAUCCACCUGGAAACCCUGUCUGAGCUCUGCAGCAUUCUCAAGAAUGAGAUGCUAGAAGACCAUGUUCAUAACAAUGCUUCUCAGCUUGGAGCCUUUGAUGCAGUGGUGAAGCAGAUGCUGGAGGACGUCCAAGAGAGGCUGGUGUACAGGACUCACAUUUACAUCCAGACUGAUAUCACAGGCUACAACCCAGCUCCAGGGGAUCUGGCCUAUCCUGAGAAAUUGGAGAUGAUGGAGAGAAUUGCUCAGAGCUUGAAGGAAGAGCAGAUGAAGCAGAUGUCACAAGAGUCAAUGUUUUCUGAUGUACAGCUUGAGGAUCCUGAUGGCAGAAGAAACAGUAAUGCUGGGAAUGUAGAAGCAUCACGCCUACAGACAUCGAUCUCUCCUGCUGAUCUGCACGGCAUGUGGUACCCUACAGUCAGACGAACACUGGUCUGUCUGUCCAAGCUCUAUAGAUGUAUAGAUAGAGCAGUCUUCCAGGGUUUAUCUCAAGAAGCCUUAUCUGCCUGCAUCCAGUCCCUUCUUAAAGCUUCUGAUAUCAUCCUCAAAAACAAGACGCAAAUAGAUGGGCAACUUUUCCUGAUCAAGCACCUGCUGAUAAUGCGUGAACAGAUUGCCCCAUUUCACACCGAUUUUGCCAUCAAGGAAAUCUCACUGGACCUGAAGAAAACACGAGGUAGCUGCUUCAAAAUCCUGAACCCUAAGGCUGUUCCCAAAUUCUUCCGACUUAAUAGUCACAACGCCAUACUUGAAUUCCUGUUGGAGGGAACACCAGAGAUAAAGGAGCACUACAUUGACUCUAAGAAGGAUGUGGACCGACACCUGAAGUUCAGCUGUGAGCAGUUCAUCCAGCAGCAGACUCAGAUCUUUGUGGGAAACCUUGAGGAGUUUCUCACCAAGGUUGCAGCUCUUAAAACAAUGGCUAUCCAAGGUGGUCCCACAUACAGUCUGUCUCAGCAACCUUGGGCACAGCCAGCAAAGAUCAACGAUAUAGUGAUGGCUACCUACCGUGUGAUGAAGAGCAAGCUGCCAAGCACUUUACAGAGCAUGUCCUUGUACUUAGCCAAUAGAGACACAGAGUUCAUCCUUUUCAAGCCUGUCCGGAAUAACAUCCAGCAGGUAUUCCAAAGACUGCUCGCCUUGCUUCAGGAGGAAUACAAUGGAGAAGACCUUCAGAUCAUUGCGUGUCCAUCUAUGGAGCAGAUAAACCUACUGCUGUCUGUGAAUAAGUAAUGCCCAGGUUUGGUGUGGUGAUGCUGGCCAAACACCCUCUGGAUAGCGAUGCGAUGCUCCAACUCCAGCCAUGACCAGGCAUCAUGAGCAGAGAACUGCACUUGAGACUUGAGCUGCAACCUGGACUGGGAACGCUGAACUGACGAACUGAAACUAAACAAAUAAAAUCCUGCACAAGGCCAAAGAUUCGCUGACAGAGGCUCAAGCAGCUACAAGUAUGAAGAGGUUCAGGUAUUCAUCUUGAAGUCUAUAACACACUGGGAAGUGAAGGGUAUUAUUUUGGGUACUGAGCUGAUUAUUUUGUUUUACUAAAAUUAAAGAAGGUGUUAUGGUUAGGUUUGUUUUCAUGUAGGAGAAAUGCCAUUUUGACAAAGGUGGAUUUGGAUCACAGUUGCAUCUCUCAACACCAGAUUGUUUUGAAUAAAAAGAAUUUGCACACAAUGUGAGGGCAGGGGUGGGUGGGGGCAAAUUAUCUAAGAGUGUUCAGACAAGGACACUUUUGCUGGGCAAAAAAGGCACUAAAGGGUUGCUCAUUAUCCAGGUAGCUAAUGGCCAAUCAGGGGGGCUUGUAUCCAAAAGCCUAGAUUCCCUUGUUCGGUUUGGAAGGAUAACGAGAGAAAAAUGCUGCAAAAUAUUCUAUUCCUCUCUUUUAAAUUGUAACAGUCUUUGUAUUCACAUUCAGUAAAACUCUCUGAUGGCCUGAAGUGCUACAGGAUGCUCAGGUCCGACAGGUGUCCCCCUCUGAUCAUAGCAAAACCCCCACAGCUCUUCUGUCCCUGUCAGGUGUUUUCUUAAAAGAUUCUUUGACCUUCUUGUGAAUGUUUUUGUUAUUCUGUUGCAAAUAUGUAAAAAAGACAAUGAAAUCUUAUGUUUUAUACUUUUUUCCUUUUAUAAUUAGGUUGAUAACAACUAAUAUACUUUUACUCUGGCAAAGUAAUGGGCCGCUGACCCUGGCAGUUUUGCACUGUAUAUGAUUUAUGGGUGUCCUUCCUAAAGGUCCUCACAGAGUAACAAACCUAACAGGACACAGUCCGUGUAACAUUUGCUUUCGGUGUGUCCCAUGUAAAAUGAUGUGUACAGUUAAAACUAUUUAUGGACAUUCUGAUUAAAAAAACAAGGUUAAUGCUC